UUUAUCAUAUUUUCAUAUUCUUCCCAAACCUUACAAACAAAACGAGAAAGAAGAACAGAUUUUGUUUUCUCUUCCUACCUCUUUUCGUAUCUUCCAAACACGCCCCAAGUCUUUUCGAUCUCACUUGGCAUACCAAUUUUGUGGGCUUUGGUUUUAAGAACUUUUACCCAGAAAGCAGGCAUUUUGGCCUCGUGGCAUCAUCGCCGUUAGCCGGAGGAGAGAGAAAGAGUCAGUCUAGAGAGAGAGAGAGAGAGAGAGAGAGAGAGGGAGGAUGAGUGGAGCGGGGAAGAAGGCAGUGGACGUCGCCUUCAAGGCUGGGAAGAGCAUAGAUUGGGAUGGCAUGGCUAAGCUUAUCGUCUCAGAGGAGGCUCGUAAGGAGUUCGCUACCCUCCGCCGCGCCUUCGACGAAGUCAACAGCGCUCUCCAGACCAAGUUCAGCCUGGAACCAGAACCUAUUGACUGGGAAUACUAUAGGAAAGGAAUUGGAUCUCGCCUGGUGGACAUGUACAAAGAAGCUUAUGACGGCAUUGAAAUCCCCAAGUAUGUAGACACUGUUACUCCUCAAUACAAACCCAAGUUCGAGGCGCUGUUAGUGGAACUGAAAGAAGCAGAAGAGCAAUCUCUGAAGGAGUCUGAAAGACUGGAAAAAGAAAUUGCCGAAGUCCAAGAGUUGAAGAGAAAGAUCAGUACCAUGACAGCAGACGAAUAUUUUGAGAAGCAUCCAGAGGUAAAGAAGAAGUUUGAUGAUGAAAUCCGAAACGAUUAUUGGGGCUAUUGAUGAGCUCUGUGUAAGCACAUUCUGUGGACUGCUUUUAUAGGUGACUUGGUUCACCUGUAUCUGUCUUGUUUUUUGCGUCUUUGGAAUAAAAUGAGGAAACCAAAAUAUUUUUGCUUUUGCGGGUCUUUUGAAGAAUUGGAACUACAGUGUAUCUCAUGUUGAGAAAUACUCAACCAUCCUCGAUGUGUAGAGUUCAAAGAUGGUUGGAUGUUAAAUGAGUUUGAUUUCUAUCUAGAAAAAAUGCAUGAAUUUAUUACCCCCA